AUGCACCACCACAACAGCUCCCAGCAGCACCACGGUGGCUGCCGGAACCACGACCAGUACGCCUGCUACCUCGACUGCUGUUCCUACGACUACCACAGAUGUACCAAGCACAUCCACCAAUUCGCCUGCUACGACGACGGCUCCUGUGACUACACUGUCGUCGCGCGCACGAAUAUCGGCCAGCGCAAGAAUUGGAAACCAUCUCAUGGGUCCCAGUGGUAG